CGUCUGCACCGGAAUGAGGUAAGAGAGACCCGCUGAAGGGCAGAGCCCGCACACCCCGGCGGGACCCGGACUCGGGACAGGUCGCAGGCGAGCCGAGCUUACCUCUACCAGCGAAGCUCCUCGGUAGCCGGAAAUGGAUAAAUCCGAGAAUCCGGAAGGCGCGUCCCUUUCAAGUCACGUGACGUUUGAGCUGGAGAAGUCCUUGGGGUCGGUAGAUACCAGCUCUUCAGACAGUAAGGAUGGCGGCAGUAGAGAGCUCCCAUUGGAGGAGACGCGGAAGCCGCGGAAGCCGCAGACCGAGGAGAUGGAGACGCAGAAGACGGAGUCGAAAUCUGAGUCUGAAUCGGAUUCUAGAUCGGAGGAAGAGAAGGAGAGAGAGGCCAUGAAGUAUAAGAUAAAGGCGGAUCUAGCCCAACCGAAGGACCGUCCUGUCAUGCAGAUUAAGCUGUCGUCCACACAGAAGAUGAGGAGCUGGGUAGCGAGAAAGAAAAGAGGACUGUACCAGCUCAUCGUGAACAUCAUCAUGAUGAAUCGCGUGUGUAAGAUGUUCCGUCAAGGCCUCAGGGGAUUCCGGGAAUAUCAGAUCAUUGAACCUGUCCACAAGAAACAUCCCGUCUUCUCCUUCUGGGAUAAAAAGAAGCAAGGCCGCAUUUCGUUUGAUACCCAGGACUUUGCUGCGGAGGAGGGUCACUUCCCUCCAAGGGCCAUUUCUAUCACACAAAAGAAGCCAUCCUGGAGGACAAACCAGGAGAUCCAAGACCUCUGCAAUAUUCUUCAGGCUCUAGAUUGCUACCGCAACUAUACCGAGUCUCUACAGCUGCUCCUGGCCAAGGUCAUGCGCUUUGAAAGGUUUGGUCGCCGGCGUGUCAUGGUCAAGAAAGGGCAGAGAGGCAAUAGCUUUUAUUUCAUCUACCUGGGCACAGUAGCCGUGACAGAGGAUGAGGACGGGAGCAGUGCUUUCCUGGACCCUCACCCAACACUGCUGCACAGGGGUGGCUGCUUCGGGGAAAUGGGCCUUCUGAGUACCUCAGUCAGGAGGGCCACGGUGGUCUGCAUGGAGGAGACAGAGUUCUUGGUGGUCGACAGAGAGGAUUUCCUUGCCAAUAGGCUGGGUGAUGAAGUUCAGAAGGAAACCCAGUACCGGUACAAUUUUUUUAGGAAGUUGGAUAUGUUCCAGUCUUGGUCUGAUGAGAAUAUCUGGAAGCUGGUGGCCUUGGGGAGGAUAGAGAAGUUCUCACAUGGACAGCUGGUGUCUAAAGACAUUACGAAUUCCGCAUUUAUCACAUUCAUCUGCAAGGGCACCUGUGAAGUCCUGCGAAUGCUAUCCCUGGGGGACUGCCGUGCCUAUUACAAGUGGGUCUGGCAGCAACUGGAGCUGUUGGACCACAAGCCUCUGAGAGUUCACGACAAUGAAAUAUCUCCAAAGGAGAGAUUUAGGGAAUUCCAGAUCAAGUCAUAUCCUCUACAAGACUUCACUUAUUUGAAACUUCUGCGUCUCCAGAAAACCAGAGAGCACCAGGGAAUAAACGUCCACAGGAAGAUCAACAAAACCGAAAACAAUCUCCCCAAGUUGCUGGGCCCGAAGAUCAAAUCCAGGUAUGGUCAUUCAGUCAAAUGUUCGAUGGUCAACACCAAGUUUGGUGAACUCCCCAAGGAGGCCAUAGUGGGGGUCUACAUGAAGGUCCACAAGAUAGAGGAUGGAGAUGUUGUGGGGCUUCACCGGGUCUUUCUCCCAGAAAUCCAGCGCGAUCCUCGGCCUUUCAUCCUUCUGAGCUUAGGAUCAGAGUUGAUACGAGUAAGGAAAGAGAAGUUUUAUGAGAUGGUGGAUGAGGAGACAAAAGCAAAGAUAAUAAAGAUGGACGUGGAGUAUCCGAGCGACGAAGACCUGUGUCAGAGUUUCCUGAAGGAAAACGACUGGACUAUCUUUCGGAAGGAUUUGCUGCGGCUAUUGGUGGAGCCCCUCAACAAACAGGCGUUCAUCCCGGGCCAGACCAAGAAGAAAGAGAUCUACGACCCUAAGUCUUUGUUCCUGGAUUUGUGUAGCCUUGAAAGGAAGGCAAAACAGCGCCAUCUUGUUUUUCUGGCGCCCCAGAAAUACCUGCCCCCCUUGAAGAUUGUCCAAGCCAUCUCAGCACCCCGGCACAAAAUCCAAGAACUGCUGCCUCAGUAUAAAAACCCAGGGGUCCUUGUUUAG